AUGCCGGCCAAGUCGCUGGCUUACGCACUGUUCAAGAACGUAGUCGAUUAUGCUGACCGCUACCGCGGCAUGGAACGCGUGGUUAUCCACGACCAUGAAGCCUUUGCUGACAUCACACUCACGGACGAGCGCCACGGAACCUGGCACACCCCGCCGCACUGGAUCGACAGCGUCUCGCAUCUGGCCGGCCUCGUCAUGAACGGGAGCGAUGCCUCGAACACUCGGGAUUAUUUCUACGUCACUCCCGGCUGCCAGAGCUUCCGUCUCCUGGAGCCGCUGAAACCGGGGCCCGUUACCGGAAUUACGUCCGCAUGUUCCCUCUCCCCCGAUGAACCUCACAUGUAUGCCGGCGACUUAUAUAUCCUGCGCGAGGACCAGAUAGUAGGCAUGAUCAGCCAGCUGAAAUUCCGCAAGGUACCGCGCUUGCUGAUGGAUCGGUUUUUCUCCCCUCGAGCGGCUGCCAAAGAGGCCUCGUCGACGGCUGUUGUAGCAUCAGUGCCCGCAACCACGAGCCCCACUGCUCCAUCAGCGAUGAAGUCGACCGGGAUCUCUCUGCCCGCGUCCCAAGAACAACUUCCUCAGUCAACCCCUAGUUCACUUUCUGCCGGGUCCUCUGAGCCUUCGUUAGACGGCGCCGAAACACCGGAAGAGAAAGAACCAGCCGCGGGGUGUAUUCCAGAGGUGAGCGGUGUGCCCGGGAAGUGCUUGGAGCUGAUUGCGCACGAGACCGGUCUCAGCGUGACCGACCUCACGGCGGAUGCGACGUUCGUGCAAUUGGGCGUGGACUCGUUAAUGUCGCUGGUUCUCUCGGAGAAGCUCCGCAGUGAGCUGGGGUUGGAGAUCAAGAGCUCACUGUUUCUGGAGUGUCCGACGGUGGGGAAUUUAACAUGCUGGUUAGAGCAGUAUUGCUGA